AUGGAACGGCAGAACUAUGAUGGAAUUGACCAAAAUGGAGUGAAAGCGUGUCCUUACAAGAGCAAAAGAAAGCAAUACAAGCCAGUAAGGAGUUCACUUGGAAAUAUCUUUUGUGCUGAACCACCGCCAGAAGAAGAGUCAAGUUCUACAAGUACUGAUGAUCGAAGAAAUAAGAAAUCCAAAUGCAGUCUGAUUUCAACAUCUAUAAAACAGAAAAGGAGAGAAAACCAGUCUGUUGAUGGUAUGGAAGAUACUGACAUCUUGACAGAAAAGGAUGUUUCAGAAAGUGAUUUUUAUUCACCUAGUAAAAGUGAAACGGGUAUCGAGGAAUCUGAUUCAACAAAAACUCUAUACCCUAAAAAUCUCACUUGUGUACGAUGUGGGAGAUAUUUUUCUUCAGGAAAAGCACUAGGCCCACAUGUGAGGUGGUGUCGUAAGGGCGUCCAAAAGAACAAGUGCAAAGCCUCCACAUUGAAGAAUAAAAGCCCUGUCAAGAAGGAUGGGAUCCAAGGAGAUAAAAUUUGGUCGUGCUCAUUGUGCGGCACGGUGUGCCCUAGCAUGCAGUCUUUAGGAGGUCAUAAAAAAGCCUGUCAAAAAAAUCAUGUCUGA